GUUCAUGCGUGCGAUGCAGGGGCAACUUGGAGCCAACAGUGCGAACAAGUAGCCUUCUGGAAUCCUCAGCUUUCUAGUUUCGGGCUGGUAGUGAGCUUAUAGUUUAAAACUGGAGUGCAUAUAGAUAUACAGUCAUGUACAUAUUCAUGAGGUUGGAAAUGACAAUUAUGUGAACAUACGCAUGCAGGAGACCAAAGAAAAUGUAGGAUAUUGUAGGCAUCAAUUCGUCUGUCACUCCGCUCCUUCGAUUUCCUGCUUUUUCAUUCAUCAGUGUUGUCAAACGUGAGAGAAUACCAGUUGCCCGACGAGUGCGAAGGAUUGGGAAGUGUGAACCAUGCGGAUGUCAUAUAAAUUUGGGCUGAUCAUGGGGUUAACCUGGUUGGGUGGUCUGAUCUAUCUCAAGUCUGUAGGAGAGCAGCAGGAUCUUGCCAAAGAGUUAAUCAUCGUCAGGCAGAAGUAUGAAGAUCAGAAGAUACGUAUUCAACAAUUAGAAGGCUUGGUAGCUAGGUCAUCUUACAAUGAUGGCAAGGAAGGAGUAAAUGUUAUUUCAAGAAUGGAAAGAGAAAAUAAAGGAAAUGUUCAGGAUACGAGGCAACAGGAGCAGGCAUCAGAUUCAAAUUCCAAUCUACAGUACUGUGGAUCUGAGCCUUCCCUUGCCUAUGAAAAGAUACGAAGGAAAAUUGAUAACGGGGUAACAGAGAUCUGGUACUAUAUAAGAUCACAACUCACUCAACUCAAGAAAUCAAGUGGAGAUCAGAAAACGCAAGUCAAAAUUGAUCAGAUUUUAGAAGAUGGCGGAGAACAGCAAAGGUCUAUCAUGACAGAUAUCUACAACUUAAGCAGAGUGGAUGGGUACUCAUCAUGGAGACAAAAGGAGGCGAAGGAGCUGACGAAACUUGUUCAACAGAGAUUACGUUAUGUACAGAACCCGAAAGACUGCAGCAAGGUAAAGAAGAUUUCGUGCAAUAUAAGAAUACCGUGCGGCUAUGGUUGCCAACUUCACCACGUGACGUACUGCUUGUUGGUUGCCUUUGCCACCGGGAGGACACUUGUCCUGGAUUCUAAGGGUAUGAAAUAUGCCAAGGAGGGAUUGGACAAGUACUUCCUUCCCCUCAGUGAGACGUGUCUUGACCACAACGGGAAUUCAACAGGCAGAUGGGGACAACAAGGUUUCGAAGAUCUUCAAGUGUUGACCCUCCCGAUCAUUGGUGGCUUUCAUCCUCGCCCAGAUUGGCUGCCCUUGGCCAUCCCCCAAGAUAUCUCCCAGAGGCUAAUGAGGCUACAUGGUAAUCCGAUUGUAUGGUGGAUGGGACAAUUGGUGAUGUACAUCCAGAGACCGCAACCCUCCUUCCAAAAGGACAUCGACAAGAUGAAAGAAGCUAUUGGGUUUACUCAUCCCAUCGUUGGAUUACAUGUCAGGCGGACGGAUAAAAUUGGGACCGAGGCGUCCUUCCAUGCGAUAGAAGAAUACAUGUUUCACGCUAUAGAAUAUUACCAGAGACUUGAAAGGAGGCAAAAAGUGCCAGUCAGAAAAAUUUACCUGGCAACAGAUGAUGCUAAUCUUCUCAAAGAGGCAGAGGAAAAAUACCCCGAUUAUGUCUUCAUUGGUGAUCAUUCAAUAGCUAAAUCGGCUGGCCUUUCAUCAAGAUACUCAGAUGAUUCCUUACGCGGCAUCAUCCUUGAUAUCUACUUCCUUUCUCGCACUGAUUUCUUUGUCGGCACAUUUUCUUCGCAGGUGUCUCGAGCGGUGUAUGAGAUGAUGCAGUAUUUACAUGAGGAAGGUGCUUCUGCAAACUUCCGAUCCCUUGAUGAUAUCUAUUUCUUCUGUGGAAUGCAUGGCCGCAAUCAGACCGCCCUCUACAAGCACAAACCACGUGGACCCGAAGAGAUAGAAAUGAAACCUGGAGACAUUAUUAGUGUGGCUGGCAACCACUGGGAUGGAUACUCAAAAGGAACAAACUUGAAUUCAGGAUCCAAGCGAACCGGGCUCUAUCCAUCGUAUAAAGCUGAAAUUAAUGUCAGAAUCGCUAAGAUGCCUACGUAUCCAGAAGCAGAGAACUUCCAUUUAUAAUUCAAAUCAGUGCAUGCAUGGCC